GGUUCACACCCUGCUUUUCAAAGAGAAUGGCUGAGCAGGAGAGCCUGGAGUACGGCAAAGCCGACUUCGUCCUGUUGGACAAUCUCACCACGAAAGACUUCCUGGAAAAUUUGAAAGUGAGGUUUGAUAAGAAUAGAAUCUACACCUACAUCGGAGAAGUGGUUGUCUCAGUAAAUCCCUAUCAGCAGAUUGAUUUAUAUGGGCGAGAUAUGAUUGAGCACUACAAGGGAAGGGAACUAUAUGAAAGACCACCACACUUGUAUGCUAUUGCAGAUGCAGCCUACAAAGCAAUGAAGAGGAGAUCCAAGGAUACCUGCAUUGUAAUAUCAGGUGAGAGUGGUGCUGGCAAGACGGAGGCGAGUAAGUACAUAAUGCAGUACAUUGCUGCCAUCACCAAUCCCAGUCAGAGAGCAGAUGUUGAGAGUGUGAAAAACACAUUGCUAAAAUCAAACUGCAUCCUAGAAGCAUUUGGGAACGCAAAGACAAAUCGAAAUGAUAACUCCAGCCGUUUUGGGAAGUACAUGGACAUCAACUUUGACUUCAAAGGAGACCCCACUGGUGGACAUAUCAACAAUUAUUUGCUUGAGAAAUCGCGAGUUACUGUGCAACAGAAAGGGGAAAGGAAUUUCCAUUCAUUUUAUCAGCUUUUACUGGGUGGUUCUGAUGAACUGUUGAAAUCCCUGUACCUGCAGAGAGACACUGCUGAAUACGUAUUCACCAGAGAUGGAGCAUCUGCCAAUACUGGGAUUAAUGACAAAACAAACUUCAAGAUGGUGAAGAAUGCAAUGGAAGUGCUUGGGUUCAGUGAAGAGGAAAUCGCUGCCAUCUAUAAAGUCUUGGCCACCAUCCUGCAUCUGGGGAACUUGAAUUUUGUCACAGAAGGUGACACUGUCUCAAUUGACAAUGAAGACCUAGUCUCUCAGAUUGCGGAGAUCACAAUGACUGAGCCAGAUACCGUGAAGAAGACACUUCUCCAUCGCACUGUAGCUACUGGAGGGGGUGAAGUAAUUGAAAAGCAGCACACAUCCCAGGAAGCCACGUAUGGCAGGAAUGCCUUCGCUAAGGCAAUUUAUGAGCGUCUCUUCUGUUGGAUUGUGGACCACAUCAACACCGUCAUUGCAGUAAAGGGUUAUGAUCCACGUAUUCAUGGCAAGAACACUGUAAUUGGAGUUUUGGAUAUCUAUGGGUUUGAGAUCUUUGACAGCAACAGUUUUGAGCAAUUCUGUAUAAACUACUGCAAUGAGAAGCUUCAACAACUCUUCAUUGAGCUGAUACUGCGACAGGAGCAAGCAGAAUACCAGAGAGAGGGGAUCGAGUGGCAGCAUGUUGACUACUUCAACAAUCAGAUCAUUGUGGAUCUCGUGGAACAGCCACACAAAGGAGUCAUUGCUAUCCUAGACGAGGCCUGUAUGAACGUAGGGAAGGUGACAGACACCAUGUUGGUGGACACCAUGGAUGCCAAACUGGGCAAACAUGCUCACUACACCAGCAGAAAGCUGUCUCCAACUGAAAAGGAUAUGGAGUUCAACAAGCAUUUCAGAAUAAAGCAUUAUGCAGGACAAGUCACGUACUCGGUGGAGGGUUUUAUUGAUAAGAACAAGGAUACACUCUAUCAGGACUUCAAACGCCUGAUGUACAACAGUCUUAACCCUGUUUUGAAAGACAUGUGGCCAGAGGGGGAAAUGAGCAUCACGGAAGUUACGAAACGGCCCCUGACUGCUGCAUCUCUCUUCAGGAAUUCCAUGAUUGCCCUUGUUGUUAACUUGGAAUGCAAGGAACCUUACUACGUGCGAUGCAUCAAGCCCAAUGAUCAGAAGUCACCAAUCCUCUUUGAUUAUGAACGCUGCAGACACCAAGUAGAAUAUUUGGGCCUGUUGGAAAAUGUGCGUGUGCGAAGAGCUGGAUUUGCCUAUAGGCAGCCAUACAAUCGCUUCCUGUUGAGAUAUAAGAUGACAUGCGAGUAUACUUGGCCAAACCACCUCAUGGCAACAGACAUGGAAGCAACCCAGGCACUUAUAGAUCAACACGGUUUCCAGCCUGAUGUCGCCUAUGGACAGACCAAGCUAUUUAUUCGAACACCUCAGACUUUGUUUGAACUGGAGAAAGAACGGUCUGAAAAAAUUCCCUACAUUGUACUCUUUCUGCAAAAGAUUUGGAGAGGGACCCUUGCUAGGAAACGUUGCCGAGGCAUGAAAGCUGUCUACAAAAUCAUGAGUCAUUACAAGACGUACAAAGUUAAGGCCUAUCUCUUGGAGGUAAUAACACGCUUCCAGAAUGUAAGGAGCAUGAAUGACUAUGGAAAAAGUGUGAUCUGGCCAAGGCCUCCAACAGUCUUAAUCAAAUUUGAGGAGAACAUGAAGCACCUUUUCAGAAGGUGGAGAGCACGGCAGAUUGUCAAGAACAUCGCACCUUCUGACAUGCCACAGAUCAAGGUAAAAAUUGCAGCAAUGGAUGCUUUGCUGGGACGGAGGAAAGAGUGGGGUUUGCAGAGAGCGUGGGAACAGGAUUACCUCUCAUCUGACAGGGAUAACCCAGAGAUGAAGUCUCAGUAUGUCACUUCCAGGAAUGGGCUAAAAUGUAAGGAAAAAUUCAACAGCGUACUGUUCUCUGCACAUGUCCGAAAGGUAAAUAGGUUCAACAAAUGUGAAGACCGAGCUAUUCUCAUUACUGACUUGCACCUGUACAAACUAGAGCCAGCCAAACGCUACAAAAAUAUGAAAGUGCUGCCGCUUAAUCAAGUUACUGGACUCAGUGUCACUGAUGGCAAGGAUCAAUUGAUCAUCUUCCACACAAAGACAAAUGACGACCUGGUUGUUUGCCUACAGGGGGAGUUGAAUAAGAUUGGAGAAGUUGUUGGGGUCCUGGCAAAUCACUUUAACAAGAAUCAGAUACCAUUGGAAAUCAAUGUCAGCAAUCCAGUCCAGUGCAAUAUGCGCGGCAAGAGACGCACAGUUGGGGUGGAGAGGAGGAUCGAGCAAACAGAGCCAGACUUCAAGAAAAAUGCCAAAGGCUUCACAUUGUACUGUUCAGACAUAUGACAAGCACAUAUUUGUGGAUUUCAGUCGUUAAAAACACAGGCAGUUGUUCAUUUUUAUUUUAAGAUUUGCUUUUUUAAUAAAAUAAAUUCUAUUCCCUC